UCCCGGUUUGAAAACGGCAGCUCUGUCUCCUGCUUCCCACCGUCCGACGUCCCCAGCGCCCUCCCGGCCGACACCGUCCUCCUGUUCAUGGAGUUUCUCAACCUGACCCGGCUGCCGGCCGACGUCCUCCAGGGCGUCUCCAGACUCCGGGAGUUGCACCUUUCUAGCAACCGGCUGGAGAGCCUCCCGGCCGAGCUGCUGUGGCCCGUGCCGCGGCUCAGGGUGCUGGACCUGACACGCAACGCCCUGACCGGGCUGCCCCGGGGCCUCUUCUGGGCCUCGGCCGCCCUGGACACCCUGGUGUUGAAAGAAAACGAGCUGGAGGUCCUAGAGGCCCCCUGGCUGCACGGGCUGAAAGCCCUGGGGCAUCUGGACCUGUCUGGCAACCGUCUCCGGAAGCUGCCGCCGGGGCUGCUGGCCAACAUCACGCACCUGCGCACCCUGGACCUCGGGGACAACCGGCUGGAGACCCUGCCGCCCGACCUCCUGCGGGGCCCGCGGCGCUUGGAACGGCUGCACCUGGAGGGGAACCGACUGCGGGAGCUGGACGGGGCCCUGCUGGCGCCCCAGCCUGGCCUGCGCUACCUCUUCCUGAACGACAACCAGCUGGUGCGGGUGGCGACUGGCGCCUUCCGAGGCCUGCGGCACCUGGCCAUGCUGGACCUCUCCAACAACCUGCUGGCCAGCGUGCCCGAGGGGCUCUGGGUGGCCCUGGCGCCUGACGUGCUCGACGGCUUUGACCUCUCCGGCAACCCCUGGAUCUGCGACCAGAGGCUGAGCGGCCUCUACCGCUGGCUGGAGCCCCAGAAAGAUAAGAUGUUCUCCACCAACGACACACGAUGUGCGGGGCCCGAAGCCCUGAAGGGCCGGACGCUGCUGGAAGCAGCCGGGUCCCAGUGAGGCUAGAGUGAGGGGGGUGCCUGCCACACGCCCCGCACCCCCCUUGGCAAGCGUCCCGCCCCCUCCAAGUGAGGUCCCCGGCUUUCCAUGGUGGCUGGGGCCUCGUUCGCCCACGCUUCCCAGAACACGCCUCCAGCCUCCCUGGCUUUGCACAGGCUGUUCCCUCUUCCUGGAAUGCCUUUCCCCAUUCGUUUCCCAGAUCUCUUUAUCUCUGGCUCCCCGAGGUCCCUUAUCGGUCCCUCUGGCUGAGUCCUGGCCACACCGGGGUUCCCCUAUCUGGCCUUCUGUUCCCCAGUUUAGGGGGCUCUCUGCGUUCCGGGUCUGGGGCUGAGUUCCACUGAACUCGGGGUCAGACCCAAGUUUUGUUUGUCUGUUUUCAUUUUUAUUUGGUAGCGUGGGAUCUUGUUAUGCUGCCCAGGCUGGUCUCGAACUCUUG